AUGGCGGUGCCGACAGUCAACGUACAUGCCAAGUACAAGCAGAUGGACGUGAUCGCCACACAGAGGAAAGGUGCUGCCCCACCCAGUCUGCCUGCAGUUCACAGCAGGGCCUCCCGCACAAGGGAGCGAGGCCGCACGGCGCAGCCCGCCCGCCGCCCGCGCCCCGGCCAAGCGCCCGGCCUGCAGCGCACGAAGCACCGCCCGGGCGCCGCCAUCCCCCGGGGCCAGGGCGCGCAGGGCUGGUACCUUAGGAGGAGGCCAGGGCGCCGGCGCCGGAGGAGAACUGCAGCAUCGCCCAGCCGUAGCCGCCGCCGAAAGUACACGCUGCGCCGAGAGCGGAGACGCGCCGAGCUCGGCUCGCAGAUUCAGCUCCCCGCGCCCUCUCCGCGCCGGCGACCACUGUCAGCGGAGCCCCGCCCAACCUGGACGCGCCGCCGCCGCGAUUGGCUGCUGGAACGUUGGCCCCGCCCUGCCCUCCGGCUCCGCCCUGCGCGCUGGUCCCCGCCCCAAUCUCCGCGAUUGGCUGCGGAGCCGCUGGUUGCGCUCCGCCCGCGGGCUCCGCCCUGA